CCCAUGUGACACGAAUGUGUAAAUGGGCUGGAUGUUUUGUUCCCCCUUCGUCUUCCCGUCGCCUCUUCCUGGACUCCGGCCAGUGUGGGGGAAAAAGCAGCCGUCGUCUCGUCUCGGGAUCUCUCGUCCCGUCUUCCGCGGCGCGCUCAGGGGAGGAGUGGACAGGGAGGAUGAGCGAGGAGAGGCCGGUGCCGAGGCGGGAGAGCCCGUGGGGUUUGCCGGAGGGCGACAAGCGGCAGCCCAAGGCGCACCGCUGCAACGACCGCGUCGAGGAUGUCGUCCAGGCUUGCUUUGAAGGGAAUCCGUUCAAGACAGUUCCGGGUCCAUUCAAGCUCUUUUGGCAAUGCAUGCGCUCAAACCCUGGGGAGGAACCAACCGAACCAUUCACUUACCUGCAGCUGGAUCCUCCGAAGAGAGUAGAAGCCAAGCUAGAGUAAACAGCACCUAAAUCCUUUACAAGUGUGCGUGGUUUUAUUUUACAGUGAUUUUCUUUCGCCUCUGAAAACACCACUUAAUCUCUUAGGGAUCAUGUUGAACACAGUGCCUUGUGUCUGGAUUGUUCACUAAUAAUAGUAUUUUCACAAAACUCAACCCAGGAGAGUGAAAAAACGCAUUCUCAGGAGGUAAAUUGUUGAAAUUGCUGCCCGAAAAUGGGGGCUGUACUUCAUUGUUCUGUGGGCUUUUGAAACGGGAUUCUUUCUGCAUAAAUGUUGAGACCGAAUUAGACAA